AUGUUUGCUAAACUCGACCCUGAUCCUAAUCCUAAUCCGGAUCCUGAUCCUGAAACAAAGGAGGACAAGCAGAUUGGCAGUCAUGUCCCCGCGACGUCAGGCACAACUCUCCUCCCGCGUCCAGUAGCAUCCUUGGUAUCGCUGCUGACCCAAUCGACCUCCUUGUCGUUGCGCGUGGGGACUUUUUUUGGUGGGGUUGCCCUAGAUGGAGCGCGCGCGACUACUCUGACGGGGUUCGAACUGGGCCGAGCAGUCAUCGAGGGGAUAUUGACUCGAGCGGGCAGGGAUGUCGCGAUCCGAAGCGGUGAUGAACAUGGCAGGAUAGAAGCCGAAUCGCUGCUUGAGCGAAGUUUGGCGACUUUGCAUACUACUGUGACCUCGGCAUCCUUUUUCGCCGCGGCCACUUUCCAUAUCUCAUCUGCGACGUUGGCAUCGGUUUCCAAUUUCUCACAGGCCCUCUUGUCCACUCUGGAUGCGAUCUUGGGCUCUACGGAAUCGUCGAGAGCCAUCGCAGCCAUUAUCACUCUAAUACGUCGCGAGUUCAGGUCCGUGGAUACUGGGGCCAGCAACGAGAAUAUUGGUGUCGGAGACCUGCUACUCGGCUCUGUAGGGUUUGCACUUCUGCAGCGGUGGGGCAAAAGAAAUACUGAAAGAAGUCUUCGAGAGAACGGCGGAGAUGAAGUGGUCUGGGAUACUGUUAUCUUGGAUAGCGGCGCCCGGGCAGAUGUUGUCGGGACGCAUCAAGUCCAUUUCCCUGGUGGAAACGGCGAUGCAGUAGCAGAUCCUGAAAGUGCUUCGUUUGUUAUGCCUGGGAAAGGGGAAGAAUCCUUUGAUGCCGUGCAGCGACGAUCUAGCAUUGCUCAGACAUUCAGUGGAUCUCGUUUGUCGCUUCCUCUGGAUGAGCAACAGCAGGUAUCGGAUGAAGAUGUCCGCGCCUAUAUUAUGAGCCAACUGCCCCAAGGUUGUCACGCUUCCAUCAAAUCAGAACUAUUGACGGCUCGCACCAUUACGGUAGACAUCUUUGACGAUGAUAUGGCCGAUAUAGCUGCUCCUCCUGGAACUACGAUGGUAGAAGAACGACACCAUCAUGACCAUGAAUAUGCAAAUGCCAGUGCCGGCGCCCCAGAUUAUCAACGUUUGCCAAGGCAUACAGUGGUAUUCCGCACGGCCUUCAAUAAAUCGCAAAGCACCCAGAUGCGGCCUCACGACGUGCCAGUUGGCUCAAGCCCAGUCCACACAGAGCAUCUACAACGGCAUUUACCUCGAGCGCCACAAUCUCCGCCAAAAAAGCGUAGAAGCCAAGACCGGGAUAAUUCACAGUCGGAUACUGCAAGUGAUGUCACGAUCAAGGAUGUUGGUAUUUCUAGUCCCGAGCCUAGAGAUGAUACUGGCCAAAAGCAGCCGUUCGGAAGGAACUCAUUCACAAAGUUCACCCAGCGAGUGAAAUCAAGUGGCUCGGAGAAGAGUGACGAUACCAAGCGUCCAGCGCUGAAGAAACCUACUAUCAGAGUGCCGGCUUCGUUAACUAAUGGCACACGUCCACCCGUCAAACCCACCAAAGGAACGGCCUCUGUGAAAGAUGCCACAGCGCGAGAAGUCUUCAGCAAGCCAGAUCCCAAGAGACGGCCCCAAACACCCGAUUACAGGCCAACCACUCCAGCUCCUAACAGGGGACUACGAAGAUCGCCUUAUCCUACAUCGCCCCAGUCUCCACGCUCCCACGCCAAGCACAUUCCUCGUGAUGUCUCGGAUCGAACGACCUCCAUGUCAGGACACUUCGCGGUGCGCGAAAAGAGCCACGAGUCUCUCCUAACCCACACCGAUUCCUUCUCGCGCCGUGCUGGUGACCUACGCCCCGGAUCGCCUGCAGCCGCUCGAACUCAUGUUCGUAGCACCAGCUCUUUGUCCGUGUCAAGGUCCGAAGCAGACGGUACUAUCUCUGCAAAUGACCACCGUCCCAGCUCAUCGGCUUUGCUUAGGAGAUCUCAAUCGCAUACUCCAAGCAUGUAUUCCGUUGCCACUGCCGGCUCCGAGACAUCUCUUCUACUGGCACAUCGGCCGCGCAAAAGUACAUACGAAGAUACGGCGACAAUCCAAGCUCUCAAUCGUGACGGCCUCGUGCCUGGUAUCUUCCCCGAGAGGCAUUUUGUCCAAAAUGUUCGCCGGUUCUGCCGUUUCUCUUCCGCAUCAUAUGGCUCCAGUGCUCUUAAAGUCAUGGGUGUGCCCCGAGGUACAAAGAAUCUUCCUCCCAUCACCUCAGACAGCCAUGAGCACCAUGCAUUCUCCGACCACGCAGGCCUCCCUUCUUCGACAAUCCUCCUGUCAUCCUUCGUCGACCCAGCCGGAGGCUCCAAUGCUGCCGGUGAAACCGAAAGUGGCUUUCCGCUCGUGCACUAUCUAUCAAUCGACCACGAAUCAAAAGCCGUUGUCCUAACCCUUCGCGGAACCUGGGGGUUUGAAGACAUCCUCACAGAUAUGACCUGCGACUACGACGACCUAGAAUGGCAAGGCAGGAACUGGAAAGUGCACAAAGGCAUGCACGCCUCCGCCAAACGCCUCCUGGAAGGCGGCGGUGGCCGAGUAAUGAUCACCCUCCGCGCAGCCCUCGAAGAAUUUACAGACUACGGCGUCGUGCUAUGCGGUCACUCCCUAGGCGGCGGCGUAGCAGCCCUCCUAGCAACAAUGAUCGCCGAACCAAACAACUCCCUUCACGGCACAUCCUUCGUUACAGCAUCCUACAAUCCCCGUCGUCUCUUAACAGUAGACAGCGAUACAAGCAUCAAAGCUAAACCAGCGCAAUCCUACGACCUUCCAACAGGCCGCCCGAUACACGUCUACGCUUACGGUCCUCCAGCCGUCAUGUCCCCGUUCCUCCGCCUCGCAACCCGCGGCCUAAUAACAACAGUCGUCAACGGCUCCGACAUCGUCCCCUCCCUAUCCCUCGGCAUUCUGCACGAUAUGCACACAGCCUCGUUGUCCUUUAAAUCCGACAUCUCAGGCGCAAAAUCACACAUUCGCGCCCGUCUCCACGAGCGGCUCCGUCAAUCCAUCAUCCACAAAUUCUACGUCAACCAACCUCCCCUAGUCAUAAACGCCGGCGAUGGCGUAGGCGAAGAUGCAUGGGCGUGGAAGACGCUCCGUAUGCUACGUGACGAGAUGCGGGCACCGAAAUUAAUGCCUCCCGGUGAGGUUUUUGUCGUUGAGACGAUGCGCGUGUUGCAGAGGGAGGCGUUUACGGCGCCAGAGUUUGCGAAGGAUAGUUAUCCAAGGCUUGGGAGGCCAGCUACGAGAGUUCAGAUGAGGUUUAUUAAGGACGUUGAUGCUUGGUUUGGAGAGUUGAAGUUUGCGAGUGGAAUGUUGAGUGAUCAUAAUCCAGCGAGAUAUGAGACUAGUUUGGCGGCGUUGGCGAGGGGGGUCCUGGAUGAGUAG